AUGGAGUUCGGAGUAGGAAAUGUAGCCCAGAUAUCAGCAGAACUUGCAGGUGUGGUUGAAGUAAUGAUGUCACCUAAUGUACCUCAAGAACAGCGUUUGGAAGUAUACAAUGCCUGUGAAAGAUUUAAAGAAUCCUCACCUCUCUGUGCUCAAUGCGGUCUGUAUCUGGCACAAAAGUCUCCCAACAGAAGCUCGGUGGUCCGUCAUUUUGGAUUGCAGCUGAUGGAGCAUUGUGUAAAGUACCGGUGGACGCAGAUCUCACAGUCAGAGAAGAUUUUUAUCAAAGAGAACGCCAUGAAACUGCUUCAGGAAGGCACUGAGCCAUUAUUACAAGAAGAAGCGCACAUAAAGGACGCCUUGUCGCGUGUAGUAGUUGAAAUGAUAAAACGAGAAUGGCCUCAACAAUGGCCCACGCUAUUGGCCGAGCUUAGUCAAGCUUGCACGCGAGGAGAAAGCCAAACUGAGUUAGUUCUGUUAGUGUUCCUUAGACUAGUGGAGGAUGUGGCGCUUCUACAGACACUUGAGUCCAAUCAGAGAAGGAAAGACAUAUACCAGGCGUUGACUACAAAUAUGGCAGAAAUUUUUAGUUUCUUUUUGAGAUUAAUGGAGCAACAUUUUUCAGAAUUUCAGAAGAAAAGUGCCUUAGGACAAAUGUCCGACGCCGCGGCACAUAGUAAAGUCGUACAGGUAGUACUAUCCACAUUGACUGGAUUCGUCGAGUGGGUCUCUAUAAAUCAUGUGAUGGCAGAAGACGGGAGAUUGUUACAAAUACUGUGUCUCCUGUUGGGAAAUCCCAUAUUUCAGUGUUCUGCCGCUGAAUGUCUGCUACAGAUUGUAAAUCGUAAGGGUAAAGCUGAAGAUCGAAAGCAACUGAUGAUCCUCUUUACGGAGGAAGCUUUGAGUUGUAUUUACAGAGCAGCUACUAGCCCACCGCCGCUCACUGGACCUACAACGAAUUUUCAUGAGAAUCAUUAUUUGUUCCUGAAGAAACUCACGCAGGUGUUGACUGGCAUGGCGACGCAACUUUGCACUUUAUGGGGAAAGGAUGAUGCCUCCAGUAUACGACCGACGCACUUUAAUAUUUUCUUAGACACUGUUCUCACAUUCACCAUGUACUCGAGUCUCACGCUCACGCAUUUAGCGAAUGCAAUCUGGGUAAUGCUGUUUAAACAUGAGCAAAUUAAGACUGACUCGCUGCUCCUGACAUAUAUACCGAAAUACGUGGAAAACACCGCGCCCAAACUGAUCAAAGUAGCGUAUCCACAUAAUAGACAGAGCAAUGGAAUGACCACGUACUGCCUCGCCGAUUAUGACUCGGAGGAGGAGUUCAACGUGUUCCUCUAUCGCUUCAGAACGGAUCUGUUGGAGGGAUUCAGACAUGCAACCAUGGUGGCACCGUUAGUAACCUUUACAUACGUGCAACAAUGGCUUACCGCGAAGAUAACCAAGGGUAUGGCAAACCUGCAAUACAAGAGCGAUCAGAACGAUCGCGAGUACCUCGAAUGGGAGGCCCUCGCACAAGCCUUGGACUCGGUCGUGUCGAGGAUCUUGCUGAUCAACGAAAGACCAAGCGUACAAACCGGCCUGCAGCUAUUGGAACUUUGCCUUGGCUAUUCGCCACAAGAUCCUUGUCUUUUAUCCGCCUUGUUGUCUUGCAUAAGCGCUCUCUUCGUGUUCCUGUCGAUGUCGACCGGCUCGAUGGCCAUGCCGGGUAUCGCCAUCUUACCGCGAGUGCUGGAAAAGAUCUUCUCCGCUCUUGUGUUCGAGGCUCCUGGCGAGAGCAAGGGCAAUCGCUCAAAGGCGGCUAAAGGUGUCAGACGUCACGCUGCUAGUCUCAUGGUGAAGAUCAGCCUUAAAUAUCCAUUGCUGUUACUGCCGGUAUUCGAACAGAUACAUACGAUGGUACGUGGUCUCGCCAGAGAGCCUAGCCCAUUGUCCAAAAUGGAGAGCAUUAUGCUUUACGAGGCACUUCUGUUGAUUUCCAAUCAUUUCUGCGAUUAUGAGAGGCAGACUCGAUUCGUGACGGAGGUUAUCGGCGAGGGUUCCACCAAAUUUAUUGCACUGGGCGCGGAAUCGUUCAAGGGACCGUUGGAGUUAAUGCGAUUCGUCGGUCUAGACAGACCGCCAGUGGAAAACAUGUUGGAGGAUCCAGCCGGACGCAACCGUACCGAUCUCAUGAUCUGCAUUUGCACUGUGCUGAGCGUCGUCAAAAGGUGUUCCAUUCCCGAGGAUCCCGAUCGCGCCGCCAGAGGCGGCUUCGUGGCCGCACUCAGUGAAAGCGGUAAUCCGGUCUACAGAAAUCCCGUCGCGCCACAUGUAAUCCCUGUGCUGCCAACGCUCUUUGCAUUGUUACGAACGAUGAAUGCUCUCUUUAGUCCUGCUGCUUUAGCUGCUCUGUCGGAGGGCUAUAAAAACGCCUAUGGGCUUCUAGAAUCGGAGAAGGCACAUCUACUGGGUCUGAGCGUAACCAACGACAACACUAGUGAAACUGAUCAAUCUUCAAGCACUCCUUUGAUUCGAAUGCAAUCAUUCCUCAGCACGAUUCAUGAUCAGUGCUAUCAUAUGCUAGGUAGCGGCUGUCACAUGAUCGGCCGAGAUUUUUACCAAUUACCUGGACUUACACCGGCAUUGCUGAACUCUGUAUUCUCGAAUAUGGAGGCAAUUCCGGACUACAGACUACGGCCGAUUAUACGUGUGUUUAUGAAGCCAUUCAUAUACUCGUGCCCGCCGGCUUUUUAUGAGAGCGUACUAGUACCUGUACUGGCUCACGUAUCCACACACAUGUGCCAAAGAUUAAGUGCAAAGUGGCAAUACAUCGCGCGUCUCUACGAAUCUGGCGGUCUCGACGAGGAGAACACUGACACGCAGGAAGUAAUUGAUGACAUGCUCAAUCGAAAUCUAACCAGAGACUUUGUGGACGUGCUGAAAGUAGCUCUAGUCGGUGGUGCCGCUAGCGACGCUGCCCCUCCGGAUAAUAUGGAGCAGGAUAGCGGAGGAAUGGCGGUGGAUCCUCCCCUUUCGCGGGGAAACAGUAUCGUAGCUGAGGUCGUUAGUGAGCUAGGAGCCUUCGUUUUACGUCACCCAUCCACAUGUCACAGCGUUGUCUUAUGCGUAUUAGGUGCGCUCGCAUGGAACGAUUCGAACGCAAGUCUCAAGGCCACGAUGUUGACCGGCCCAGUUGUUCGAGCAUUGGCAGCCGAUGGUAGUCUCACUCCCUCUAUGGCGUCACAUAUCAUGGUAGCUGUUCUUCAGGGCCUGCAACUGCAUGGCCAACACGAGGCCAAUCAGGGCUCGCUCAUCACACUGGGCGCGCAAGUAUACGAAUGUCUUAGACCCAAAUUUCCAAACAUCAUCGAGGUGAUGCAGCAGAUCCCGGGAGUCAAUCCCGCCGAUUUGCAACGGUUCGACGAGAAAAUGUCGGUAGUCAGCACAAAAGGCAACAAAGUCGAAAAAGGAAAGAAGGAUCUCUUUAAGAAAAUUACAAAUCAGCUUAUCGGCAGAAGCGUAGGUCAAUUGUUCCGCAAAGAAGUAAAAAUAGACAAUUUACCGCGAAUCGAAGUGUUCGGCAAGCCUCAACCAGUUCGCGUGGAUGAAAUCUCUAAAAACACUGCUGAUACGGGAAUAACAGCUCUGUUCGCUGGAUCUACGUAGCAGGAAGUUUUAGAGAAUUACAUUUUGCGUAGCUGGUCUAAUUCAAUAAAUAAUUAUAAAUUAUUAUAAAGAAGUCUCUUUUCUCUCAGUUUAAUGUGCAAGAUAACAGAGAGAAUGAAAGAGACGACAUUUGAUCGAAAACAACACGUUCCUUUUUUACAAAAAAUCUUAUAUGUUUUUAGCGAUAGUUACAAAAAUAACAAAUUAUACUUAAAGCACUCAAAAUGUCGUCUUGAUACACGCAAUUGCAGAUUAUGCAAACUAUUUAUAAAUUUCGUUUAUAAACAAUUUUUCUCAUACACACCUCAAAUAUUGCAAAAAAUAUUGUAAUAAAAUGAGAAAUACAUCAGCACGUAAGUUAAUAGGAUCGCGUAGAAAAUCGAGACGAUAUUUUGGGAAUCCUAGGACAUGUUUUGUGUCUUUACUCGAUUAUUAGAUGCUUCAAAUUGACAUAGACCAUAAACACACCGUCUUUUCACGGCGAAAAAAAUCUGUAACAAAAAAUUGUUGAAUAUUCCUCUGCGCUUUCCUCACUCUGAAAUCGAUGAUAAAUUUCAAACUGAAGAAGAUGCAGCACGUGAUUUCGAUACGAAGAUGUAGAUAAACUGUUUCUCUUAUUUAUUUUAAUUACCACUUUUGUACAUCAUUGUUACAAGAAAUGAAGAAUUGCACGAGAAGCAAGGAAUAGUUGUGUAUUUUUGUUGAUCAGUUUAGAAGUGGCCCGUUCGAUCUCUCAUUCAAUCUUUACGUAGCUUCACAUAGCAGAUAUUCUUUAACAUCCUUUUAACAAUCAUCUUAAUUAUUUAACUUUUUAACCAUCUUAAUUAUCUAAAACAAUCUCCCAGAUACUCAUAUAUCACACAUUAUCUCUCGCGACAGCUAUAGCGGACAUAAAGACUUGAGUUUUUGAGAGAUAUGUACAAUGGGACGCAGCGAAUUUGUGAUAAGGACACGUAGUGACUAAAACUGUGACAUGAUCGCGUUGCAUGGCGUAUCUUGUUGUUUUGUACAAAAGAGAAGAGAAACGAUACGUUCCGAGCUGUGACUGAUGUGUGCAAACGCAAACAUUUGUAGCAUAUUCUUCAUUUCUUCUUUUUUCUCUGUUUUUAAUUUUCACUAUUUCAUCACAAUUAUUUUUAAUUACUCCGAAAUCCGUAGUGUCCAGUAGCACGUUAGAUAUGUCUUGUUUUAGCUAUGUCCUUUUCUUUUUUCUUUAUUUCGGCUACUAUUGAAAAUAAGAUAAAUGUGUACGUUAAAUAAAGAGAAAAGAAAGUAGGAAGUACGAAAAGUGCGGCUAAAAAGAGCAAAUCUAUUGUAUUUAUAUUGCUAAGGAUUUCGAGGUAUAGUUUAUUACACAUCGGUGUCAUAUAUUUAUAUAAGUAUAUACAUAUUGUACAUUAAAAUCUUAUAGCGAUCUUAUAUGCCAGAGUAGAAGAGAAUGAAUUGUAUAAUCACUCGUCUCUAUAUAUACACACACACACACACAUAUAUAUAUAUAUAUAUAUAUAUAUAUAUAUAUAUAUAUAUAUAUAUUUGUUUCUCAAAUGUUCAUAUUAUAUGAUUCGUUGAUUUUUUCCAAGGCAUAGAUAGAUCGACACCAAAUCACGCGCAAAAAGUCGAUCAACGUCUUCCUUACAGCCGAGUUUUCUCGCGAAGUAACUGAACCGCGGUACAACUUACGACGAAUCAAUUAGAUUUACAUUAUAUAUUUACAUAUACGAAUCGAAACGGCAGUUUUAAUCAAGAGGAUACAAUCUAUGCGAGAGAGAGAGAGAGAGAGAAAGAGAGAACACACAUUUGUACAUUAUACAACUUUCGCAACUCUCUCAAAUGUGAAUGCUAAUAACGCGAUAACAUGCAAGCGGCGCGUGAUGAUUUAUAUAAUGCAUUAAAAAGUAGGCAACUGAUUAGACGGAAUGAAAAAAUCUGAACCGCAUUACCGUGCAAAGCAAAAUAUCGCUCUCCAAAAAAGUCGCAUGUGUAUAUUUAGAAUAUUAAAUAUAAAAUGUUUUUUAAAGAUGGAGAGAAAAUAACUACGCGGUUUGCCACUCUAUCAUUACAAUAUCACAUAUCAAAAAGGUUUUAGUCGGCUUUUCCAUAAACCUUUUUAUUUCUUUAUCGUUUAUCGUCUAUCUAGAUUAUAUUUCGCGCAUAAGCAAAUUCUUUUAAAUGACUGUAAUUAUAUUUUAUUCUUGUUACAUAUGCGUUUUUCGUCCAUUCGUUUCUCUUCCCUCUAUUCUGUAUGGGAGAAUUUGUUUUAGUUAAAUCUAAAUUUUCGCGUAGAGGUUUUUGCACUACUACUUUCUCGAGCAUUCCACUGCGCUUAGUGUCCACCAUGUGCGGUUUAUAGUGUGAGAAAAGUAGUCAUCAGCUUGUACGACUAACACAGCAAGAAAACAAUUCCAUUGUUUAUAAGCCCUCUUAUACAGAAGCAUUUAACUUUUCGAUGGAACGUAGACGACGAUGAGACAAUACGUUUGCACAUCUGUUGCAUUCGUCCGAAGAAAUAAGCUUGCUCAUUUGUACAACGGAAAUCCGAUAUACGUACACAUAUAUCUAUCUAUAAAUAUCGAAGUCGAAAUUGCCACAAUCUUUCGUAGCGUGUCAUGUACAAAGGUCCGUAUUCUAAUCGCACACUUGAUGCUAAACACUUUAGAAUAUAUGUUAGAAACAUGCAAUCAGAAUACGAACCAAUGUGUCUUACACUUUUAAUUUACUCCGUUCUUCUCCGUUAUUUCUUAAGAAACACAAAUGCCAUUGUAUGAGUGACGAUAUAUUUAAUAUAAUUGGCGAAGUCUACGUAUGGCACAAAAAUCGAUUAGGAUAAUUAUUCGAAGCUAUUCCAGGGUACUACGAAAUUGCUCAUCUUGCAAACGACUCUUUGCUGACUCGAGAACUUAAUCAAGUAAGAAAUACAAAUGGUUAAUUCGAGCUAUCGAUGUUUAUUAUUCUUAUUUUAUGAAAGGAUGAUAAUAAUGUCGAUUAAUUCAAAUAAUUCAGGAUAGGCAGAAGCUUUAACCCUUUAAGCUAAUCUGUAUGCAGAAUUCUACUGUCGUACGCACAGCUUUUCCGCUAAACUGGUAAUAACAACGAGAUCGUUGUUUUUUCAUACUAUGUAAUUCAUUGUGUUAGCAUUGAUUUGUGUUAGCAUGACAUAAUAGCUAACGAAUUUUGAAAACUGAAAUUUGUAUUCAUAAAAAGGGUCUGUUUUCUAUUGCUGAACUAGUGUACACUUUCGGAAUUUAAAAAGAGACAGAUAAAAGUGGAAUGAGAGAGAACUAGUGUAGUCAAUUCACACACACAGCAAUAGAAAAUAUCAUAACCAUUACUCCUCCCCCUCUGCGCGGCUCUUAUUGGCCAUUUAUAUUUUUUGCUGAUUGAAUGUCCGAAUUUUACUGAUUGAUAUAUCCGAAAGCCAUAAUACAAUAUUCUUGUAAACUUGAAAAAUUACACAGAUAUUGAAUUUGUGAUAAUAUUUAGUAAUUUCUUCCUAUUAUGAUAUCCAUGAGCAAUAUUUCAAUAAGUUUCAAUAACAUCACAUUGCGCAUAUCUACAUUUGAUUGACCGUUAGAUGUAACGAAAAUGUCAAGUACUACCCGGAUGGCUUUUUUAUAAUAAUUAUUAAUAUAUAUUUAUCGAUAAAGUACUCAUUACACGUGUUGUAAUGUUCCAAUGACCAUCGAUUUAUGCCAACAGGCGAGACGCGCGACGAGUCGUUUGCAUUUUUUUUUUUUCAAGUUGUUAAGUCUCGCCCGUGUUUUUGUACAUCAGCUCGAAGUAAUCAACUACGAUCUUGUAUAUAUUAUAUUGUAAUAAAGAAAUUGCAUUGACAA